UACCGGCUCCGUUUAUGCUGACCUAUACUCAACAUCUGAAAAGCUGACAGUUGGUUUCCAGGAGUAAAGUUAGGGUAGAAAGUAGGUCGUGUUAGAUAAGAACAGGGUGGACGCUAGGGCCUGGCAGACUGUAGGCCUGUUAUUCUCCGCGCACUCUACUGAGAGAGACAGCCCGGUUAGAGUCUCUCCCUCACGGCCAGCCCAGCUUCCAGUAACGUAGCUAACUGGUCAGGCGCCUAACGGACACCGCGCCACUAGGUGCUGAACAGAUUACAGCAGAAAGAUGGCGGACGACCCCAGCGCGGCGGACAGGAACGUGGAGAUAUGGAAAAUCAAGAAGCUGAUCAAAAGUUUGGAAGCUGCCCGUGGUAAUGGCACCAGUAUGAUCUCACUGAUCAUCCCUCCCAAGGACCAGAUAUCUAGAGUGGCCAAGAUGUUGGCUGAUGAGUUCGGCACCGCUUCCAACAUUAAGAGCCGAGUCAACAGGCUCUCUGUUCUCGGAGCCAUCACCUCUGUACAGCAAAGACUAAAACUCUACAACAAGGUGCCACCCAAUGGUUUGGUCGUGUACUGUGGCACCAUUGUGACCGAGGAAGGCAAGGAGAAGAAAGUCAAUAUCGACUUUGAGCCUUUUAAGCCAAUCAACACCUCCCUGUACCUCUGCGACAAUAAGUUCCAUACCGAGGCAUUGACAGCCCUGCUCUCUGAUGACAGUAAGUUUGGCUUUAUUGUGAUCGACGGUAGUGGGGCGCUGUUCGGCACACUGCAGGGCAACACCAGGGAGGUGCUGCACAAGUUCACUGUGGACCUACCCAAGAAGCACGGCAGAGGAGGGCAGUCUGCCCUGCGUUUUGCUCGUCUGAGAAUGGAGAAGAGACACAACUAUGUGAGAAAGGUGGCUGAGACGGCUGUCCAGCUCUUUGUGUCCAACGACAAAGUUAAUGUGGCAGGAAUGGUCUUGGCUGGCUCUGCCGACUUCAAGACCGAGCUCAGCCAGUCAGACAUGUUUGACCCAAGGUUACAGGCCAAGGUUUUGAAGCUGGUGGAUAUCUCCUAUGGUGGAGAGAAUGGUUUCAACCAGGCUAUUGAGCUCUCGGCAGAGGUUCUCUCUAAUGUCAAGUUCAUCCAGGAGAAGAAGCUCAUAGGACGGUACUUUGAUGAGAUCAGUCAGGACACGGGGAAGUACUGUUUUGGUGUGGAGGACACACUUAAAGCCCUGGAGAUGGGAGCAGUGGAGAUCCUUAUAGUCUACGAAAAUUUAGACACCAUGCGUUACAUUCUACGUGUACAUGGGGCAGAGAGCAACGGAGCAGAGAACGAUGAGAAGACUUUGUACUUGACGCCAGAGCAGGAGAAAGACAAGUCUCACUUUACAGACAAGGAGACGGGACAGGAACACGAGUUGAUCGAGAGUAUGCCACUGCUGGAGUGGUUUGCUAACAACUACAAGAAAUUUGGAGCCACGCUGGAGAUAGUCACAGAUAAGAGCCAGGAAGGGUCCCAGUUUGUCAAGGGCUUUGGAGGCAUUGGGGGUAUCUUGCGGUACAGGGUGGAUUUCCAGGGCAUGGAGUACCAAGGAGAGGACGAUGAGUUCUUCGAUUUGGAUGACUACUAGGUAGUCGGGGACUGAUAUUGGGAGAAAAAAAGCAAAGCAAAGGAAUAAAUGAAGAAA